AUGAUAAAUAAAUAAGAAGUUCCUUAGAUUAACUAAGCACAAGCUGAUAAUUUUAAUACUUUUCGUCAUGCAAGACGCUUGUAUAUUGGAAACAUUCCAGAUUCUAUAAAUCAAGAAUAUUUAAGUGAAUGGCUAUAUAGAUCAUUAGAAGCAGCAGGAGGUCUUGUAGAUAGUCUUCCAAAUGAAAAUCCAAUUAUUAAAUGUGAGAUUGAUUCAAAAGGCAAAUUUGCAUUUAUAGAAAUACGAACAAUUGAAGAAACUACUACACUGCUUUAAUUAGAUGGAAUUAUAUUAUGGCAUAGAUAAUUAAGAAUAAGAAGGCCAACUGAAUAUGAGAAAUUUCCUUAAAUUUAUCCAAAUUAUAAUGUAAAAAAAUUAAAUUUAGAUUUGUUUAAAACAAUAGGAAUUGUCAUAAUUCCGACUGUAGUAGAUGAUGGCCCAAAUAAAAUUUUCUUAGCAAAUCUUCCCACAUAAAUGGAUGAGCUAAUGAUUUUAGAUGAACUUAAAUUAAGAGAAAUGGGCUAAGGUCUCAACUAUUAGAAUUAUGGUCAAUAAUAAUAAAACAAAUAAAAUAAUGAUAAUGAAGGAUAUCAUCAUUAUGAAUGA